AUGAAUAAAUUUAUUCAGGAAAAUGAAGAACUUAAUUCAAGUAAAAAUUGUAAUGAUUCAUUAUGUUCUCCAUUAAAUUCAUCAUCACAUACCUCUGAAAUAGUUGGAUUUAAAAUUACCAAAGAUUUUCUUAAUUCAAGAACAAGAAUUAAAAAACUAAAAGAAAGAAUUAUAUAUAUAUUUGAUUAUAGAAAAGAUAUAAGAAAUUUAGAAUGUAAUGAAGAAGUUAUUAAUAAACAUGUAUUAAAAGAAUUAAAAGAAAAAAAACAAUGGGAUUUAUUAAAACAUCCAUAUAUGUUAAAUUUUAUCAAUGAAAAUAUAAUUUAUACUCCAGAAGUAUAUUUUUUACACAUUAUUACAUGUAUCUUUUUUUUCAUACUUUUAUAUUCAUUUAUUUUGGUGGAUCAAUAUUCAUUUAAAAUGCUUCUUUUAAAAUGUUCUAUUUUAUUCUUUUUUGAAUUUAUGAUUUUUAAAUUUUUUCUUAGUUUUCAUAAACAAAAAGAUUUAACAGAUCGUUUUGCUUUAUUUCAUUACUCAAGUAUUCUUAUUCAUACUAUUAUAAUACUACUAAUUUGGAAUAUUAUAAUAUAUUCAUUUACUAAUUAUAUUGAUGGAACAAAAAUGAUAUUAAAAUGUUAUUUUUCUCUAAUUUUAAUAUUAUCAGUUGUCAUAAAUUCUCUCUAUCUUACUAGUAAAUGGUUCAAUGGUAUAUAUAUAAAAAUUCAUAAAAAAAUUGUUAUGCCAUUUUUUGGGAAAUCAUUACUUUUUAUACCAACUAUUUUAAUUGGAAUUGUUAUGAUUAUUACUAAAAUUAUAGUUAAUUUUGACAAUUUAGAUUCAAAUACAUUUUUAUAUAAAAUACUUUGGUCAUUAUGUACUUACUCAAUGUUAUUAGAAAUAUUUUUAAUCUUCCAAUCUUUGAAUCUUUUUUUUGCUUUUGAUUUAAGAAAUUACUCAAAAUUAAGAAAUAAUUUUGAUUUUAUGUUACUUAAUGAAAAAGUUAAUCAUUCUAUGGAGUGUCUUGAAAUGAUAGAAGCAUGUAAAAUUUUAAAUCCUAUUGGUUGGUCAUUUACUACCUCCAGAUCAAAUAAUGUUUUAAUUAUAAAUACAAAAAAAAUAUCAUCAUAUAGUAUAUUUGAGUCAUCUGUUGAUCUUAAUUUAAUUAAAAAAAAUUAUAAAAAAGAAAGAAAAAAUUUUGGUUGUCAGGUUGAUAAAGAAAAUGAUGGAAAAGAUAUUUCAGAAAGUAUAAUGACUCAACAUAGUAAACUUUUUUCCUCAAGUAAUAAUUUAUUAUUUAAAAAUUUGUCUCUUACAUCAGACAUUUUGGAGUAUAAAGGUGAAAUUACCAAUGAAAUGAUUGAUUAUGAAGAACAUUGGUUAAAAAAAUUUAAAUGUUGGUUAUUUGGUACUAAAGAACAAAAAAGUUUGACUUACAAAAAAUUGGUAGAAAGUAAAAUUUAA